CUUUCUGUUCUUCGAUCGUUAUUUUCAACAUGAUACAAAUCUUUGCGUACUCUUGUCUUCUUUCUGCUCUGCUGAGUGUUGUGGAGAUGAAGCAUCUCAACAUAAAAGGCCAUGUUGGGGAAAAUGUGACAUUCAAAUGCUCUAACUGGAACACUUGGACAAGUGUAAAAUCUAAUAAUAAGUACUUUUGUAAAAGUCCAUGCUCGGAAGACAAACACAUCAUCAGAGCAGCAUUUGGAAAGACUACGCAUGAAAAAAGAAUAACAUUAACUAACACAGCAGAAGCUUUAUCUGUGACCUUCACUCAUCUCCAAAAGUCAGACUCCAACACAUAUUAUUGUGGAGUGGACAGAACAGGUCUCGAUGCAUUCAUAAGGGUGAAUCUUAACGUUAUAGAUGCUGAGUCUUACAGUACCAAGAAGACUCCAAAAACAUUCACUGUCGUUCCCACUCUCUCAUCAGCCGUUACAAACAGCUUCACUAUAUCUUCCAAUGGCUCAGAUAUUAUUACCGAUAUAUUAACCCUUUAUACUCCAACACCUACUGCAUCUGCAACACAAGGAGCUGGAAGUUUACCAUAUUUGAUCAUAGGUGUCAUCCUCAUAAUAACCAUACUGAUGGUGUUACUGAAGCUUAUGAGCAAGAUGAAACAACAGAAAGUUGUGUUAAGUGCUUUUACGCCACAAGAAGGCCCAUGUGAGGAAGUUGAAUAUGAUGAAAUCAGACAUGAAGUCCAGACUGACUCAGAGUGCCUCUAUGCUAAUUAUUGCUCUCACCAAGAUACCGGAUUAGCGGCUAAGAAUGGUAAAAGCUUUUCAGAAGAGGUUUCUUUACAUUCAGCUAUCAGGUUUGAAGCCAGUUCAAGGGGUGUGUGUGCAGAGAUCAGAGACGACUUGGUGUACUCUGUUGCUCAACUACCCAAAGAGCAACCAAAUCCAUCUGAAAGCAACGGAAAUGACUCUCUCUAUUCCUUGGCUCAGCAACCACAUGCGCUCUGAAGGAUGCUACUGUGUUCAAAAUGGAUAAAAAGUAACUUUCUUGAUUAUUUUGAUUAUGAUUUUGAAUGAAAAGGUCAGGUCAGGACAGGAAAGGAACAAAUUAGCAUCUGUACACAUGGUCCAGCCUCUUUUCUAUUAUAUAUCCACCACAAUAUCACUGCUCUCUCUCCUGUCACUAAGUCUGAUUAUCAUUGUCUGCCUUUUGACUCCAUUACUUCAUGAAAUAGUCAUCAUGUUUGCCACAAUCACCCUGACCAAAGAGUGCGCAGAGACUUAAUGUCACUGAAAUCUUUCUUUGCAUUGGGGUUGCUUUCGUUUGCACACACACACACACACACACACACACACACACACACACACACACACACACACACAGGAAGUUGAUCUGUCAUGUGUCAAGUAUUUCACACACACACACACACACACACACACACACACACACACAGGAAGUUGAUCUGUCAUGUGUCAAGUAUUUCAGAACACAUUUCAGAGGAAGACGUUCUUUCCCCAAAGCCAGCCCACAACUGUUCUAUUUCUACAACUCACAGUGAACCUCUAAAUACAAAUAAUUUCUAUUCAAAUGUGAAGCACACUCUUUUUACUAUCAGUAAUAAUCAUGUGUUUUUACGCAAAUGUUACCUGUGUCUUCUUAUUAACUUAGACUUUUACAUGAGUUGGGCCUUUUGUAAACUGGUGUCUUUUAAUUUUGUAAUUUUGUGCAGUAACCUAUUUGUGAACCCUUUGUUAACUUGCAGGAUAUUGCAUAAAUAGAUAUAUAUAACCCAUGGUGUACAUGUGAAACUAAAAGUAAUUAUGUGCAAAGCUUUGUUUUUAAUACUUUUUUUGGGCACUAUACAAAUAAAGUUAUUUAAAAAAAA